CAGCCCUUGGUAAGACUCGGAUCUGGUAAGGUUCUGUGGAAAGAUCAUGGAGCACAGAAAUACCUCGGAUGAUUGGCUCCUUCAUCUUUGGUUUGUGUGCUAGUCCUUCAAGACCGUCUAAAAUGGAUCGGUGUCGUUGACCAAACAUUCCUGUCCUUGCACUCAAGUGUGUCCUUUCCAUCGACGAUCGUGGGCUUUUCAGUUCAACACGUGUUAACUCAUCCUAGCCUUAUUCAUCACCUAUUGGCAUUUGUCAAUAACGCUCUCUCUCUUUCUCUCUUUGUUGCUGUCAUUCACUAUCUUUGAGCUUGCUUUUAAUCUCUCUCGUUAAGACCUGAUGGCGUUGUGGAGGUCCACGGACUGGGGUCGUUGGGUGGUGAUCGUGGUUCCCUCCUUGGUUCAGUUCUGCCUUGUGCGUGACUACUAACGAGCCUAGACCUCUCAGUAUCAUGAUUGAGUCCGAGCGAUUGCGAAUAGUGGCCAAUAUCUUCAUCUCGUUCAUCGGGGCGGGGGUGUUGGGCCUGCCUUAUGCCUUCAAAGAGGCCGGUUUGAUGGAGGGCAGUCUGAUCAUGGCCUCGGUUUGCUACCUGAGCGUCACAGCCAUGCUUUUGCUCAUGGAUUGUCGGGCCAAAAUCCAGCAGAGCCCCACUAUUUUGGCCAGUCUAAAGAAUGGGUCGACGGGAGGUGGUUCUUCGGUCGAGAGCACGGUGGGCAAGAAAGCCCGCUAUGCCAAUGGGAAGGAGUAUGUCGAGCUUGGGAUGCAGGAAGAGGAUCCACCCGCUAACCGUGCCGUGAGUCGGAAACCCAUCACCUACUCGGAUGUGGCUUUUGCAGCCUUGGGACGAUUUGGUCGGAUUACCGUGGACGCUUCUUUGCUCGUCACCCAGGUGGGAUUUUGUUGCGCGUACCUGAUCUUCAUCACCGAGAACUUGGCCUCGUUCAUUGAUGGCUUGAGCCAAUCUCAGUGGUUGCUCAUCAUUCUCCCACCGUUAUUUUUGUUGACACUGGUGCCGGAUUUGGGGAAAAUGGCCAUCUUUAGUUUAUUCGCCCAAGUUUCAAAUUUGUUCGCUUUUGCGGUCGUGUUCUGGUUUGACUUUGAGCACUUCCAUUUGGCGAGUAACGAGCAUCGAAAAGAGUUCUCCAUCCAGGGCUUCCCGUUCUUCUUCUCCGUGGCCAUCUACUGCUUCGAAGGAGCCGGUAUGAUUCUGUCUUUGGAGCAAUCCGUGAGUGAGAAAAUGCGGCAUACGUUCCGCACCAGUUUCGUAUGGACCAUCAUUGGAGUGACCUCGUUAUACAUUACCUUUGGGGUGAGCGGUUAUCUGUCGUACGGAUCCGAAACCAAGGACAUCAUCACCUUGAAUCUUCCCCCUGGCUCGGGCAUCGACUUUGCCAUGAUGGUCAAGUGCUGUCUGUGCUUCUCACUGUUCUUCACGUACCCGAUUAUGAUGUUCCCGGUGAAUGCAUUGUUGGAAGAACGAUGCCAGCACCUUCUGACCUCCAAACUGAUUACCGCCACACUGAUCCGCGUGUUUCUGGUCAGCUCGACUGGAUUUAUUGUGAUAGUCGUGCCACGGUUUGCCGAUCUCAUGGCCCUUGUAGGUGCCUCGUGCUGCACCGUUUUGGCCUUCAUUUUGCCAGGAACCUGCCAUAUGAUCAUGUUUGCUGGAUCGCUCUCCAAGAGAGAUUACAUCAUGGACUAUGUUCUAAUAGUAACCGGUGUUAUUGGCGCCAUAAUCGGCACCUUAGAUGCUUUGGCCAACAUAACAUCCUGAGCAUCUGUCAUUCAUUCUUGACUGUCCUUCCGUUCAACAACGUUUGCCACCAACGGGAAAAUGGGAGACAAUGGAAAUUUAUACGCAUUCAUAUCCACUAGAUUAUAUAUCCCAAGUAUUUUUACCAGCCAUUUGAGGCAUAUGGACCAUUCAGUUUUGAAAGUUUAUACACUUGUAUUCUUAUAGCCGUCACAAGCGAUGCGGUGCGCGAGAAACAAAAAAAACGAUUAAUAAAGAAGUACUGAUUCAGUCAGUGCAGAGGUAUUAUGGAA